CGCCAGCGAAGGCCAGCGAGUGCAAUGUCAUAUUUCUGGUCCUUAUAUGCGUGGCGUCACCCAGGGGCGGCGGUUUACAAAUGGAAUACAAGUUUUUCCAGCCCUCAAGUUUUUGCAAAUAGCUAUGGGAAGGAACUAUGUGCUCCACUGAGUACUAUAUGAACGAAGUAACGUUGGCAGCAUGAUUUUCACAUACCAGAGAAGCUAUGUCCGAGAAGUCACUGAGUAUAGAGGCCUUUCAGAGCAUUCAAAUUGAUGCUGCGUCUUACAAUGGGCAGAAGACGAUAGUAACCGUUGAACAGGAAAUACCGAAUGAACGAGGUUCUCAGAAGCUUGCAACACAUCCGAGUGAAGCACCAGAUGGAGGAUUAAAGGCAUGGUUUAUCGUUUUGGGUGCCGCAUUGGUCUUGUUCUCCACGCUUGGUUUUGUAAAUUCAUGGGGUGUCUUCCAAGAGUAUUACGAGGAAGAUCUUCUACGUCACACUUCUCCUUCAAAUAUAGCAUGGAUUGGUUCUACGCAGUACGCGCUAUCGUACCUUCCAUCGCUUGCAUCUGGGCGAAUGUUUGACCUGGGGUACUUUAAAAUACCGUUCUACGUCGCUAGCUGCACCCUCGUUGCGUGCACUUUCCUAACCGCGGAAUGCACUCAAUUCUGGCAGUUCUUCUUGACGCAGGGUGUCGGUAUAGGACUGUGCUCCGGUACCAUGUUCGCUCCCACAGUCAUCAUCGUGUCGCAAUGGUUCUCCAGGAGACGUGGCCUUGCUAUGGCCAUCGGCGCCGUUGGUACUCCCCUCGGCAGCAUCGUGCUUCCUGUAGCAGCACAAAAUUUAAUUCCAUUAAUUGGGUUUAGAUGGACAGUCCGUGUAUUUGGGUUCAUUAUGAUAGCAACCCUGGGAACGGCCAACUUAAUGAAACGACGGCUUCCGCCCGUCAAUGUUCAUGGGGGACUCUUUAAUCUCAAAGCAUUCCGCAACAGAGCAUAUACCAUGUAUUGCAUCUCAGGAAUUAUGAUAGUCUUAGGCCUUUACACAGGUACGACCGUUGUACUCGUCGCUGUGGCUCCUGAUAUUUUGGUUUCAUCAGAGUUAACCUAUAUCUCUGUGAGCGCCGUAGCAAUUGGCGUCUCCAAAAACUUUGCAUUCUAUAUACUCGCAAUCGCCAAUGCGGCAUCUACGUUACGUGUGUCAUUUGGACUGAUAGCAGAUAAAAUUGGCGCACUCAACACCAUGGCAGUCCUUACUGCUUUAGCGGGAAUCAUGACAAUAGCUUGGCCAUUUGCUAAAAAUGAAUCCCAGCUUAUUGCAAUAGCCGCCACUUACGGGUACGUGUUGCACUUAUUCACUGCUAGAUGCUUGACUCACCCGUCCAGAUUCUCCACUGGAGCAUAUGUAACUCUGUGCUCGAUACCUGCCGUUGCGAUGGGGAAAAUGGAUGACGCGGGGCGUCGAGUUGGAAUGUUCUUGUCCCUCAUUGGUUUAGGAGGCAUUGCAGGUCCUCCAAUAUCAGGCGCCAUCAGCACCGCGACAGGAGGGUUCGUUGCUGCGGGUUAUUUUGCAGGUGGCAGCAUUAUAUUUGGUGUUCUAUUGCUACUCGUGGCACGGUACCUCCAUCUCGGACGCCUAUGGGGCAAGUUUUGAAUGGUAGUUCAGUCAGGGGAAUCUUGCGUUGCGAUGCGUCAUGAUUCAUGCGUGGUGCCAAGCAUCAACGUUCCAUGCUACAUUCAUAAUGAGCUCAGGUAACAAUUUUUUGUUGGUGGAACAUUGGGGCCAGAGCUCCUUAGAUAGAUUACUAGUGCAGCGCUGACUUGGGGCCUUGUUGCACUUAAACAUACACAUCCCGUAGUAUUCCAAUGCAGAUCUUGAAUGAAUUUGCAAC